AAGUGGCAAACUUGCUAGCCACAAAUCCGAAAGAACCUCAAAUAAAAGUUAAAAAAAAUGAUACAACUCAUACAAGGCAUUUAUCUAGAACAUUUCAGAAAUCCAAAUGUCACCCAUUUGAUUACUACUAUAUUCUAUAAGACUCUAACGUGUUACCCGUCAAAUAAAAAUAAUCAAAAACCUAAAGUUUUGUAACAUACAUAUAUAGUACAUAUCUAAUAACCCCAACAUCAUACAUACCUAGCAAUAUUUAGUAAAAGACAUGGCUGAAGCACCGGAGAUCCUAGUAGCCGGAAAAGUGAUCGGAGAUGUUCUCGAGCCGUUUACUCCGGAAGCUGAGCUAACGGUUCAAUACGGGUCCGAAACAGUCUCUAACGGGUGCGAAAUCAAGCCUUUAGAAGCCAAAAAUAGGCCUCGUCUUCAAGUCACGUCUCAUAACCCUCGUCUUGAUGAUCUUUAUACUCUAAUAAUGGUUGAUCCGGAUGCUCCUAAUCCUACUCAUCCAACCUUAAGGGAAUGGCUUCAUUGGAUUGUUGUGGAUAUUCCUCAAGGAAUGGAUGCUUCUAAAGGAAGAACGUUGGUUGAGUACAUGGGCCCGCAACCAUCGACAGGGAAGCAUCGUUAUGUGUUUGCUUUGUACAAACAGAAGGGGCCUCUAGUGAAGCCUAGGCCGCUUCCACCGGAAUACGCCCGUGGCAAUUUCAACACCCGCCAUUUCGCUGCCCAUAAUGACCUCGGACAGCCGGUUGCCGCCCUCUUUUUUAACUCCCGGAAGGAAGCUAACAUAGCUUACGACAAUUGAUGAGAUGAUCAAAUUACUAGCUAAGUUAUAAUUAGGCUUUACUAGUUUCUAGUUAAGCUUAGUUGAUCCGUGUAUAAUAUCAGUAAAAGACAAUGUUAUCAUUGUUAUGGAAUAAAGGAAGUUUGUACUUGUAGUUAAUGACGUUAUUUAAUUUGGACUUGUAGUUGAAUGUUGGUUAUCUUAGACAACUAGUAUUAUUAGUACUCGUAGUAAUGUACUAGUCUUAUGUAAUUUAUGUGAUUUUAUCUGAGGUUGUCAUGUUGAUGUAUUAGUAUUUUGGCCACCAAAAUUAAUUAGAUCAGACUAGUUGAUAAUGCUAA